AAAAUUAUAACCGCGAUGGCAAUGAUUAUUGCCAGAACUCUUUGGUUCGAUCAAAAUAUCAAAGAAGCCGUAGAUGCACCACGAAUACAUCAUCAGCUUAUACCGAUGGAAGUACAAUACGAAUAUGGAAAUACGCAGCAACUAAUCACGGGUCUGGAGUUGAUCGGCCAUAAAACGAAUCGAUACAGUGCACUUGGCUCAGUAGUCUGCGCAAUAGUAAAAAAUCAAUCGGGAAUAUUUGGUAAUGCUGAUUACCGUAAAGCUGGCGAAGUUGUUGGACUAUAACGAAAUACAAUUGAUAACCAAACGGUAUUACAUAAUAAUUGCAUAUACCAACAAAAAAUGUGCAUAUUUUUUGCUAUUACUUAUUUUGCUAUCAAUGUAAUUGAUAUAAAAGAAAAUAAAAGAUAACUGAUAUAGAAGAAA